GACCGAAGUACAAGGAGUUUAGCACCAUUUUCGGGCUCGGGAAUUCUCUGGUCUGUUGCCUCUCUUCCCACUUCUCACCGCUGAAUCUCAACGGCCAUUAUUAUUUUGAUUUUAUUUUGAAUUGUUUCUCCCAUUACCUCAUGACGGAUGCCUCCUCCUACGAACCUUUCAAUUUCGUGUUCCUUCUUCCUCUUCUACCUCUUCUUCCUCUCCGUCGUACCUGACCACUUGCCCUCCAUACUUCCUCCGUUCGGACCCUAGUUAUUCAGCCAUUGUCCCUUAUUGGACCUAUAUCUCUUACCUUUUUCAAUACUUUGCUAUAUAUCAACUUCUCUACACACCUCCUCUCUUUUAGCUUGGACCCCCUCACCUGGAUGGGGCCUCGGAUCGCUUCCGCCGUGCAUGCACAUGGGUUGAUCUGAUCGCACUGCAUUGAGCAUUUUCGUUUAGACUCCGUUCUCAUCGGGUCUAGAGGCACCGUGAUAAGCUGGGGAUCUCUCUUCCUGCAAACAUCGCAAUCAUCCUCGACUUCUCUUGUCCGUCCUACACGAUAACUCAACAUCGUGACUGUUAUACUCAAUCGGUGCCGAGCACUGCAUACUUCUUCCCCUAUUCCCAUACCGAAGAGGUCUUGACCGAAUAAGAACACGCGAAUCAAAAAAAAAAAAAGAUCCAAUAGGAAACCAAAGCAACGAGGCAGAAACGUACACGGAUUCCUGCCUUGACUUCAAGUCAAAGCUCUCUCUAUCUUCCCGUGUUCGGCCCAUAACUUCACCGUGGCGACUCUUGGUCUCAGCGUGUUGACUGCGCCUUAUUCGAGGCCGCUUCAUUUGCCAAAGCUGUCGCAUUCUCCAGAAGACUCCCGUUAUCCGGCAUCCUCCCUCUCUCAUACCCCCGGUGGGACCUCCGGUGAUACAGGGAGAGGGGGGAAUCGGUCAUGCCCUAUUCCCACACCCAUCCAAGCACUUCCGUCUAUGUCGCAGGAGACUCUGCACGCUGGUCCAUUGUCCGACGAUGCGACUCACUCGUCCUCCGAUGACCGCAGUAUGAUUGAUGACUUGACGCUGGGUAAUCGUCAAUCGGCUCGUCGACCGCCGCUGCGCGCGCGGCCACAGUCAUGGCAUCCAUACGGGCCGGUUGAACCACCGCUGGAAGCUUCUUCGUUGGCACGACCCAUCGGCGUUCAUGCUAUUUUGAACCCUCCUGCGCAGGGAACGACGGACCUUGGGAGCAAUGCUGUUCGUGAGAAGUUGACUCGGCCGGGACUAUCAGCUUCGCCCAGGCCACGACAGGGUUCGUCUCCAGCACCUCGCUCGGGGUAUCCGCUUGUACAGCAGCCAUUGUCUCCAAGGUCUCUUCCACGAUCGUUAAUGAACCCCGGGUCACCCUCCGCACGGUUCGUCGGUAGCAGUGGGAGGACAUCCGGCCAGUCGAGCGUGGCUCAUUCCCCACUGGUGCCUCAUGAAACACAUCUGGGUCCGCGCCAACCACCCGUUAGCUCACCUCUCCCACUUGAUGCUAUGCUUCGGCCAAUUACAUCACUACCAGGCACGCAGCCUCCCACCUCCGCAUCAAUACACUCAACACCGAGCAUCCACUCACGGCGCACUAGUACCGGUCCAGGGCUGCUUACCGAUCCGAACUCGCAGGAGACAAGCCCAUCCACACCGCACUCGACGUUUAGCCACUACGGUCGUGCUUCACCAGCCGUCACGAAUGUAUCCAUUCCACCUAGCGCAUAUCCGGCGCCAGCACCCUACAUGACAGUCGAGUCGUUGAAUCGGGGCGUUCCAGCCACGUCUGGGCCACGCAGCAUCCCAGAGGAUAUGACCAGUGGUCCGGGGAUGAUACCAUGCCUGUUGGAUCUGAAAUCCGGUUCCUCCACACAAGCAGAGAAACGCAAGGCCAACAGCGAUGCCUCACGCCGAUUCCGCAACCGCAAGCGCAACGAGAUGCAGCUCGAGCAGCGGCUCAGUGCGCAACAGGAUGAGAUCCAGCGUCAUGCGGAGACUAUCCGGCGACAGAGCGAGGAGAUUCAUUUCCUCGCCUUGCAGAGGGAUCAUUACCGGUCAGAGCGUAAUUUCUUCCGCGAUGCACUUGAUCGCUCGGGGACUACUGUCUAUCCGACGCCGAGGCCGCCUUCGCCACGACCCUCACAGUCGACUCUUGUUCCGGUGUUGGAUACGACUACUUCCGGGACUGCACAGACUUCUGCGGCGGGAUCCGGCCAGGCUGCGUCGAGUCGGGUGGUGGACUCGGCGAGACCACCGGCUCCUUGGCCUGGGACUGGUAGCCCAACCUCGUACUCUCCUGCACCAUCGGCAGGACGGAGUUUACCGCCACAUCCAGGCUCGCAUCCAGGCUCUCAGCCAGUGGCCGGUGUAUCUCUGCCACCUUUUCAAGGAUCAUGGUCACGAUCAUGAUAUCUGAAAGAUGAGAGGGUGAAUAAAAACCUCUUCUGUUCUUUUUCUUAUGUUGUACGUUUCCUAUGUGCUCUAUUAAUAUUUUCCCCUCCCUCCCAUAAGGGCAAGCAGCCACUGGCAUGGCUGCACUGCGACUUGCCCAGCAUUAGAGACCGUGUGUUCCACCUUUUUUCCCUUGUAUAUGUGCCUCGGGCUUCUGGUCCGGUGUAUAUUCUUAGUAUAUCUUGUUUCGUGGGUGCCUUCGUUUUGGAUACUGGUGCAAGCAUAUGGAUACUGAAUGUUAUCGGUAUCUAUCGAUUUCCGUUCUUCACCUUCUGGGCUAUUCCGGUGUUUCUCUGGUUUGCAUUCGAUUUCAUCUACAAAAAGCCGUCUCCUACAUUCUCCGAUUUACAGAGAGAAGCUCUGCACAUCCCGUUGCGCGUUUGCCUACUAUUCGGUGUCUAGUUUGCACAGCGGUGAUACCUCCAUUGGCGAUACUGAGUACUAUUGUCCUGUUCUUUGAAAUUUCUGGGUCUUUUUAUCCUUGUUUCCUGUCUAUCUACUAGAACUAUGCUCGUGCGUGCGAGCACUCCAGUUUCACUUGGCGGUCUAAUCAUAUGACCUGGGAUAUAGAGCUGAUUCCUACAAUACACACUUCAUUCGAUAAGUUCGUCUCUAUCUACACGUUGAGUGGUGCUGUAUGUGCAUCUGAGAGGUAUAUACAUCCAAGCAUCGCCAGGGUAACCAUCUUAUCGACGCUCUUAAUUGAAGUCCAGGGAGGGAUCGGCAAUCAAU